CUCCGCCCGCCUCGGGCCCGGGCGGACGUUUUGCCGCCCCGGCGACGUCAGCGCGUCCGGCGUUGCUUGGCUACCCCGCCGUUCCCCCGUCCCGCUGCCGCUCGCCUCCCCGGGUGAAACUCUGACGCCGUCACCGCGGGCCUCGGCUGCGUCAUAGCGGCGGGCAUCCCACCUUCACGUCACACCUUCUCCUCACCUGGACACGCAUUCCUCCCUCCCUGUCAACCACGACGUUUCCUCUCCCCUUCUCCAAUCCCCCUACGCCAGAUCUGGCGAGAGAAGAUGGAGACGAGGGUGGGCAUGAGUUGUGGACGACGCUCAGGAGAGGGUCGCAAGGUGGGACCCCGGACAGUGGUAGAAACAAAAUGAGGACGUCCCUCAAGUUUGCCCUUCUACUGAGACACAAGGAAUAGAGGGAAAGAAAUUACCAACCUGGAGGCACCCGAGGCCUCACUAUGGCUGUAACUCCAAGUCCUCUCUAUGCAUCCCUAACCUUUUCCCCAUUUCUCUUUCACACCACUUCUUUGCCAGUCUAGAUCCAUCCUGGUCCCUAACUCUGCAUACAGUUCAACUUACCCCAGGUGAGGAGACCACCUAAUUUCUAGAAAAAAAGGGACAGGUUCACUAGUUGGAUUCUCUUCGGUAAAGAAAAAUCAUCUAACUCAACUUCUCUCCUAGUUGAGGAAAGAAUUCAGGUCCAAAUAAGGUAUCAGCUCCAACUCCAAAUUAAACACUUUUCAUGUGUGCCAACAACAAUAUAUACAGUAAUCAUUGUUAACCCUAUUCACCACAUGGCCACUUCUUUCUUAGCACUUAGACCUACUAAAUUUCCUUUCUUCUGUUGGAAGGGAGGGUGGAUAGAGAAAUCCAUGGUUUCAUCGAUAAAAGUGGUGAUUUUCAAGGAAGGAGUGGGGGACCAGCUUUAUAAAUCUCUUUGAUGCAUUUCCAACAUUUUGAGCCUUAACUUGAGGGAGACUUUAAUUGCCUCUUUCUCUAAUUCCCAGCCACUCCAGAACCUACUAGUUGGAGGCACAGUACAUCCAAGGUAUUAGUUAUCAGUAGCUAUUUCAAAACUCCAGUCACUGCUGAAUAUUUAGGAUAGACUUGUCAGCCUUCUUUUCAAGUAUAUACUCUCAAGAAGUAUAUACUCUUUAGUGUAGUUGCCACGUAUUAAUCACUUUUCAGCAGUCCUAAAUGUCUAAGUGCACUCAAAUAAAUGAGAUGUUGGGUGAAUAAUGUCAUUCCAAGAAGAAGACACACUUCCCCUAGACUACUCUAAUAAAGGGAAGAAUAAUUUCAAGUUUUCCUGAAAAGAAGAGGUUGUUACCCUUGCCUAAUAUUCCUUUUAUUACCCUUGAAACAUAGGACAAUGGCAGAGAAGCCUAUGCUCCAGGGGGCUAUUGUAAUAAAACUCUUCUGUAACAUUAAACUUUAAAAUAUACUUAAGAAAUCUUAAUACUUGGACUUUUAUGGCAUGUUUCACUUUCCCAAGAUCCUUUCUCACUAUUAGAAAACUAUAUCUAGUAGGGAUACAAUGGUCUGCUUUUAAGAUACAUGUGUACUGAGCCUGGAUCAGAAGAAGUGUGCUGGGCUAGAGUUGAAAGAAGCCUCUAAUAAGAGAAAGCAGAGUUAAAUAAUGGCAGAAACAAGUCUGUUAGAGGCUGGAGCCUCUGCAGCCUCCACAGCUGCAGCUCUGGAGAACUUACAGGUGGAGGCGAGUUGCUCUGUCUGCCUGGAGUAUCUGAAGGAGCCUGUCAUCAUUGAGUGUGGGCACAACUUCUGCAAAGCUUGCAUCACCCGCUGGUGGGAGGACCUAGAGAGGGACUUCCCUUGUCCUGUCUGUCGAAAAACAUCUCGCUACCGCAGUCUCCGGCCUAAUCGACAGCUAGGCAGCAUGGUGGAAAUUGCCAAGCAGCUCCAGGCUGUCAAGCGGAAGAUCCGAGAUGAGAGCCUCUGCCCCCAGCACCAUGAGGCCCUCAGCCUUUUCUGCUAUGAGGACCAGGAGGCUGUAUGCUUGAUAUGUGCAAUUUCCCACACCCACCGGGCCCACACCGUCGUGCCACUGGAUGAUGCCACACAGGAGUACAAGGAAAAACUGCAGAAGUGCCUGGAGCCCCUGGAGCAGAAAUUGCAGGAGAUCACCCGCUGCAAGUCCUCUGAGGAGAAGAAGCCUGGAGAGCUCAAGAGACUAGUGGAGUGUCGCCGACAACAGAUCUUAAAGGAAUUUGAAGAGCUUCAUAGGCGGCUGGAUGAAGAACAGCAGAUGUUGCUUUCACGCCUGGAGGAGGAGGAACAGGACAUUCUACAGCGCCUCCGAGAAAAUGCUGCUCACCUUGGAGACAGGCGCCGGGACCUGGCCCACUUGGCUGCUGAGGUGGAGGGCAAGUGCUUACAGUCGGGCUUCGAGAUGCUUAAGGAUGUCAAAAGUACCCUGGAAAAAUGUGAGAAGGUGAAGACCAUGGAGGUGACUUCAGUGUCCAUAGAGCUGGAAAAGAACUUCAGCAAUUUCCCCCGACAGUACUUUGCCCUAAGGAAAAUCCUUAAACAGCUAAUUGCGGAUGUGACCCUGGACCCAGAGACUGCUCACCCUAACCUAGUCCUGUCCGAAGAUCGUAAGAGCGUCAAGUUUGUGGAGACAAGACUCCGGGAUCUCCCUGACACACCACGGCGAUUCACCUUCUAUCCUUGUGUCCUGGCUACUGAGGGCUUCACCUCAGGCCGACACUACUGGGAGGUGGAGGUGGGUGAUAAGACCCACUGGGCAGUGGGCGUGUGCCGGGACUCCGUAAGCCGAAAGGGCGAGCUGACUCCACUCCCUGAGACUGGCUACUGGCGGGUGCGGCUGUGGAACGGGGACAAAUAUGCAGCCACCACCACGCCUUUUACCCCUUUGCACAUCAAGGUGAAACCCAAACGGGUAGGCAUAUUCCUAGACUAUGAGGCCGGCACACUGUCUUUUUACAAUGUCACAGACCGCUCUCAUAUCUACACCUUUACUGAUACUUUUACUGAGAAACUUUGGCCCCUCUUCUAUCCAGGCAUCCGUGCUGGUCGGAAGAAUGCUGCACCACUUACAAUCAGGCCCCCAACAGAUUGGGAGUGACAGGUAGGGAUGUGGGAAUAAUUGGGGUGAGUCAGGGUCAAGAGCUAUGGGCCUUCCUUCCUGUGACCUGCUGGAACGUCUUCAUGUCUGCCUGGUUCCAGUCCUGCACUGUUUAGGAGAAGCACCUUGGUUUCUAGAAUGGUUUAUAUGGAGGAGUAUGUAGGACUGGUCUGGGAUGAGCACACAGCUGUCUCUCUCCUAACCGUCAGGGUGGGGAAUUAGUUCCCAGGGGUUAUCUCCCCUGAAGUCCAUCAGGUUUUCUAUUGCACAUGGAUAGGUUAGGAAGGAAGGAGAGGCUUUUCCAGAAACAAAAAGUCUGUGAGAGGGUCUGACUUGCUCAAAACCAGAAGAGGAAACAGAAACCCCUGUACGUUCUUUUAAGGGGUUCUUAUUUGUUGAGAAAGAUCAGAGGGGUCUGUGUACCUCUAGACUAAAAUAAAGAUGAAUGAUAGUUGCUCUUGUGGGUCUAGAAGUUAAGGAGUUUUUUUGUUUGUUUUUUGUUUUUGAGAGCAGAGAUUGGGCAUCAAGAAGAUUAGAAAGGAAGUUGGGAAAGGGGCUAAAGGAACAGAUUCCUAACAGUUUCUUUGGUCUUCUACUCCCAGAGUAAGUUGCCAUUAUGAGUAGGAUUGGCCAGAGGUAGGAAUGUGGGGAGGAGAGGGUGAGAAGAAAUGAGAGGAGAACCCAAGUCCCUGCCUCAGCCUUCAGCAAAGCUGGCUUAUUGCCUGUCUCCUUAGAGUUGGUUGUCUCCAAGAAUCGGUCAGUCACCUUUCUCCUGCAGAGGUGAGGUGCCAGAGACCCCUCAAGACAUGUCUACCCUUUCACUGCUUUCCCAAGGGGACCUGGAAAGGACAGUCAAGUAUUAGAGGAAAGAGAAAGGUAUUUCUAUCCAAAGCCCUGGCCUUAAAGAAUGUUACUAAGUAUCUGCUCCCAAGUUGUCAGCCUUGUUACUUGGUUAAGGUGUCCAAGCCAAAAAGGGAGAAGGAAAAUGGAGUCUUCCUCACCCUGAGGACAGGGUAGAAGACAGGGUAUGUAGAGCAAAGUGUCACAUAGGCAACCUCCUUUAGCCUAUGUUCAUAUGGCCUGGAACUAGUGUUCACAAGAGCCAGUCUCUUGCAUAUUUGUUGCCAUCCUUCACCUUUUGCCAUUUCCCCUAUCAGAGAAUGUAAAUCAUUUUAACAUUAGGCCAAAAUAAACAACUUGUAGGGUACAUAUGUUGUCAAAAAAGGUUAAAGCAAUGCAUGCCAAACCAAACUAAAAUGAUUUGGAAUAUCUGCUACUUGGGUGAUCAGGGAUUCACAGAAGAUUGGGACAAGAAACUGCAGUUUAUUGAGAGUGUUUCACUUCCUCCUACCACCUCAACAGGACUUUGUCCAGACUCUCCUCUUACCUUUGUGCCUUGACUGUGGUUCUUUGUGGCAAGAUGCUUUGGUUGGUAAAACAUAACAUGGAACAAAGGAUCCACUGAAGUGA